CUUUGUUGAUGGACUAUACAUACACAUCUCACACGACACCGCCGACCUCGUUUCCUCUGAAGGAACUCGUUUUAGGGUUUGGACCCGGACGAGAACCUAACCCCACCCAAAAACUUUCCAAAUAGCCUUCGAUUUCGAUUUGUAUUCGGAAUCGAAAUAUUGGGGCUGUUUAAUAGUGUUUUUGUGGCAAAUUAGGUCUUACAGAUUAUAUGGGUACGGAGAGGAAGAGGAAGGUGAGCUUGUUCGAUGUGGUGGAUGACACCUCUGCAUCGGCGAAGCUCGCAAAAUCUAAUGGAGGCUUAGGUAACGGCAACAACAGCAACGUGCCAUCGUUAAUCAAUAGGUGGAAUGGAAGACCUUACUCGCAGAGGUAUUAUGAGAUAUUGGAGAAGAGGAAAACUCUGCCCGUCUGGCACCAGAAAGAUGAGUUCUUGCAGGUCUUAAAAGCUAAUCAAACCAUAAUCCUGGUCGGUGAAACUGGCAGUGGUAAAACCACGCAGAUCCCCCAGUUUGUUCUGGAAGCCACCGAGGUAGAGGGACCAGAUAAACGUAGGAAGUUCAUGAUUGCCUGUACCCAGCCUCGGAGGGUUGCUGCAAUGUCUGUUUCUCGUCGAGUAGCUGAAGAAAUGGAUGUGACUAUAGGGGAGGAAGUGGGUUAUAGCAUUCGUUUUGAGGAUUGCAGUAGUGCAAGGACAGUUUUGAAGUAUUUGACAGAUGGUAUGCUUUUAAGAGAGGCAAUGACAGAUCCACUUUUGGAACGGUAUAAAGUGAUCAUUCUUGAUGAGGCUCAUGAAAGGACUUUGGCAACAGAUGUUUUAUUUGGUCUUAUUAAGGAAGUGCUGAAAAAUAGACCUGAUCUGAAGCUAGUUGUAAUGAGUGCUACACUUGAGGCAGAAAAGUUUCAGGGUUACUUCAAUGGUGCGCCUCUUAUGAAAGUUCCUGGAAGGCUUCACCCUGUUGAGAUUUUUUACACUCAGGAUCCUGAGAGGGAUUACCUUGAAGCAGCAAUUCGAACUGUUGUGCAGAUACACAUGUGCGAACCGGCUGGUGACAUACUUGUUUUUCUGACUGGAGAGGAGGAAAUAGAAGAUGCAUGUCGCAAAAUAACGAAAGAGGUUUCCAAUUUGGGAGAUCAGGUUGGGCCCAUAAAAGCAGUGCCCUUGUACUCUACACUUCCUCCAGCUAUGCAGCAGAAGAUAUUUGAUCCUGCUCCACCUCCACUGGUGGAGGGUGGUCCUCCUGGAAGAAAGAUUGUAGUGUCAACAAACAUCGCAGAAACUUCUUUGACCAUAGAUGGCAUUGUUUAUGUCAUAGACCCAGGGUUCGCCAAACAAAAAGUUUAUAACCCACGAGUGCGAGUUGAAUCUUUGUUGGUCUCUCCGAUAUCCAAGGCUAGUGCACACCAAAGAUCAGGGCGUGCUGGAAGAACUCAACCAGGUAAAUGUUUUAGACUUUAUACUGAGAGGAGUUUCAAAAAUGAUCUUCAGCCGCAGACCUACCCAGAAAUAUUGCGUUCAAACCUCGCAAAUACAGUUCUCACAUUGAAGAAGCUAGGAAUAGAUGAUCUUGUUCAUUUUGAUUUUAUGGACCCUCCUGCCCCAGAAACGUUGAUGCGAGCAUUAGAGGUUUUGAAUUACUUGGGGGCAUUGGAUGAUGAAGGAAACCUAACCAAGCUGGGUGAAAUCAUGAGCGAAUUUCCCCUGGAUCCUCAAAUGGGAAAGAUGCUUGUGGUCAGUCCCGAAUUCAAUUGUUCCAAUGAAAUUCUUUCGGUAUCUGCCAUGCUUUCAGUACCCAAUUGCUUUGUCCGGCCUAGGGAGGCUCAAAAAGCUGCGGAUGAAGCGAAAGCUCGGUUUGGUCACAUUGAUGGGGAUCACCUUACUCUUUUGAACGUGUACCACGCAUACAAGCAAAAUAAUGAAGAUCAACAAUGGUGUUACGAAAAUUUUGUCAAUCAUAGGGCGCUUAAAGCUGCGGAUAAUGUGAGGCAGCAGCUAACUCGCAUUAUGGCCAGGUUCAACCUCAAGCUAUGCAGCACAGAUUUUAACAGCCGUGACUACUACAUCAACAUCAGAAAGGCUAUGUUGGCUGGAUAUUUCAUGCAGGUGGCUCAUUUGGAGCGGACUGGGCACUAUUUGACUGUGAAAGAUAAUCAGGUAGUUCACUUGCACCCUUCAAAUUGCCUGGACCACAAACCAGAAUGGGUUAUCUACAACGAGUAUGUUUUAACAAGCAGGAAUUUCAUCCGUACAGUAACUGAUGUCCGUGGUGAAUGGUUGAUCGAUGUUGCACCACACUACUAUGAUCUUGAGAAUUUCCCUCAAUGUGAGGCAAAGCGUGUCCUGGAGAAGCUUUACAAGAAACGUGAGAGAGAAAGGGAGGAGAGCAAGAACAGAAAGUGAGAAGAUUGGUUUGCCUAUAUUUUUCAGACCUUCUGUAUUGGAUAUCUCCAGUGACUUGAAGUUUGGCCAGCAAUGCCUCUUAGUGGAGUCCAUAUCUUUAGGGAGGCAGGGAAGAAAUACCUAUUUAUUAUUUAUUGUACUAUUUAGGAAGUAGUUUAGUGUCUGAAGUUUGAACUGUGUGAAUCUGCGAAUUUGUUCCCUUUGGUAUCGACUGUUUCGGCUUUUACCCAGAGUCCAGUAUAGCAUGCAGAUUGGCCUCCCUCUUUUAGUGUUUUGCCAUGCAUGUGGACUAUGUGAAGUGCAAGCAGCCAAAUGGGUGCAUUGAAUACAAGGCAGGCAGUAUGAUCUUGUUCUAGUUUGUAAAUUCUCUGAUGCAAACUCACCAAGGUUUGAGACAUGAAUGAAACAAGCAGGUUCCAUUCCAAGCAAUGUGCCCCUGUACAUCAAGGUCAAAAGGCAUCCCUGA